AAAUAUCUGGGGUUGGUAUUUCAUCACAAUACAGUACGUAGAAACCGUGUUGUACCACAGACCAUCAUGAACUCCUUGAUUGUACUCUUCGUCCUUUGCGCUGUGGCGUACAGCCAAGCGUCCAUUCUCGGUCUCGGUGCGACUUUGGUCGGACCCGCCAACCCCGGCGCCAGUCUCGUCGGUCCCGCCAGUCAUGCCGCCGUAGCUGGUCCAGACGGUAGCCACAUCGUCGCAUCCGCCCAGGCUGGCGCCCUCGGAGCCGCUCCCAUAGCUGGAGGAGUCGUCAGCGCUGCCGUAUCCCCCGGAGUUGUUGGCAUCGGUCAUGGAUUGGGUCUCGGUCUGGGUUUGGGUCAUGGAAUCUGGUAAUUGAUCGGUUACGAUGUCUCUCUGUCACCUUUUCUUUUAUCGAAAUUCCAUCUUCUGUACAUUUCUUCUUUUCCAAUAAAAAAUGUUUUAGUUUUCCUUAA